GCCCCUCCAAGGGGGCCCCCUGGCCUUCGCCUUUGUGGCGGACUGCAGGCGAGUGGCUUUGAGGGUGCAGCUCGAAAACGCAGUGCAGCAGCAGCAGCAGCAGCAGCAGCAGCGGCAGCAGGGGGAGGAGGGCUUUGGGGUUUUGUCGCGCGUCUCCGGGGAUGUCUCUGUCUCUUCGUUGGCUGUUUGGGAGUCAGAGGGGCCCUGCUGCUGCGAGGCCGACUCCAGGAUGCACAAGGAGGGGUCUGCUGCUGCUGCUGCUGCCGCUGCUGCUGCUGCUGCUGCUCCUGCUGUUGGGGCUGCUGGGGACCAGGCCCCCCAUGACAGCCUGAGGCGGCCGCUGCUGGACUUGCAGGGGCCCCUGGGGGACACAGUUUGUGGGGGCCCCCCUUUUUGGGAUGAGAGGGAUGCUGAGCUGCAGCAAUGCAGCAGCAGCAGCAGCAGCAGCGCGGCAGCAGCAACAGCAGCAGCAGCAUUUUCUUCCGCAGACCCCUUUUGCUUCUCAGAAGGGCAGCACAGCAGAAAGGAACUUCCUUCUGUUUUUAUUUCUUUUGAACUGCAGCGUGAGGCAAAGGCCCACGGCGGUGGGAGCCUGCUGCUGUCCCCAGACGAGCAGCAGCUUGCUGCUGCUGCUGCUGCUGAGGACGCAUGCAGCAGUAGCAGCAGCAGCAGCAGGGUGUGGAGGGCGACAGAACACACCCGUUUGUUUUCGCGGCUGCAGUCAGUGUACGUACAGCUGGGAGACGUUUCCCUUGCGCGUCUGCAGCUGCUGACGGGAAGAUUUCAAAUGGCAGCAGCAGCAGCAGCAGCAGCGCCGCAAGUUGCUGCUGCUGCUGCUGCUGCAGGUGGCCGAGGUGGCAGCAGCACGCACCGGAGCGUUCUAGUGCAGCAGUGCGAGGCUGACGUGGCUGUUGGGAGCCUGAGCUGUUUGCUGCUGCAGCAGCCGCCGCCUUCUCUGUGCCACAGCAGCGACUUUGUUGCUGCUGCUGCUGCUGCGCUGCAGUGGACAGCCCCGUGUGCAGCGCGGCGACGCUCUUUGUCUCUUGCUGCUGAUGGUUUCACUCUGCUGCCGUCAAGCACGCCGUCCCCGGGCCCCGCCCUGCAGCAGCAGCAGCAGCAGCAGCGGCAGCAAAUGGCACGGCCCAUCAUGGCUGCUGUUGCGGAAGGGCUGGCUCUCCAGGUGGCAGCAGCUUCCGCCACCCAGCCCGUGCUGCCGCAGCCGCACAACCAAGCAGCAGCGGCAGUAGCAGCAGCAACAGCAGCAGCAGCAGCAGCAGCAAAGUCAGCGACAGCAAACCACCUUCUUUUUGGAGUGGAGUCUCUGCAUGUUGAAGAUUGCCUGACUCUGGAGGCGACCCCACAGCCGUCUCCGAGUUGGCUUACGCAGCAGCAGCAGCAGCAGCAGCAGCAGCAGCAGCAGCGGCGGAGCACGCAGGAUAGCAGUGGCGGCCACCCAACCACGACAGAGGUCUUGGCGCUGCCCCCUUGCCGCCCCCCAGGCCGUUUCGCGCUGCUGAUGCAGCUGCUGCCUCCAGAGCCUCAGCAGCAGCAGCAGCAGCAGCAGCAGCAAGUGCAGGGAGUGCCCGCAUCGCGUUGCGCUUCAGUCGAUGAGUGUCAGGCUCAACGCACCAGCUCAGCAGAAGCGGCAACAGCAGCGACAGCAACAGCAACAGCAGCAGCAGCAGCAGAAGCAGCAGCAGCAGCAGCAGCAGGAGAGGGCAUCAAGCCCGUGCUGCUGUGUCUCUCUGUGGAGGCGCUGCGGCUGCAGCUCUGUGCAGCUUUGCUUGCGCAUGCAGCUGCCUGGAGUCUGAAGGUCGUGGGCGACUCCGCUGAACUCAGCCGCUGCCUCUUUCCCGCCGGACCCGCAAGCCCUUGGCAGCCCCCCAACAGCAGCAGCAGCAGCCCCGGCAGCAGCAGCAGCAGCCACGCAGUGCAGCUGCGUCAGUCGCUGCAGUGUUUGCUGGUGAUCCCCGAGGUGCACUUGUUGCUGCUGCCAGCAGCAGCAGCAGCAAAGCUGCGCGUGCUGCUGUCGGACUUCUGCGUCGCACUGAAGGAGACAGAAAGAUCUGCUGCAGAAGUGCGGCAGUGUCUCUUCAGGGGCCCCUCGAGUUCUCUGUCUUCUCUUCCUUCUGCUUCUCUUCUUUCUUGCGACAAGUCCUUUACGGAGGGGCCCCUGGAGCCCGCAACAGCAGCAGCAGCAGCAGCAAGCACUGCAGCAGCAGCAGCAGCAGCAGCAGACGCGGCGGCUGCAGGCCCCGGCGACCCCGCAGCCAGAU